AUGGCCAUCGAAUUGUCGUCCAUCACAAACCGAAGGGGCCGGCGAUCAGAGGCUGAUUAUCUGGACGAAAACUGGGUUUUUGAUAUAGCAUGCUGUAUUGGGACUACGGCAGCUCUGACUGCAAUAACCGAGUUCCUUCUCGCAUACGACAACAAAACUAUUCCAGAAUGGCCGAACGGCAUCACUCUCAAUGCUGUGCUAUCAUUCCUGUCGCUUAUUCUGAAUGCAUGUCUGCUUGGUGCCGUAGCCAGUUGUCUUGGCCAGGUGAAAUGGAACUCCUUCAAUAGGACACGAAGACCCCUGGCAAACAUAAAUACCUAUGAUUCAGCUAGUUGGAGUGUGCUGGGCUGUAUACCACAAAAUGCUACCAUUGGGGCACUUACUACCAAUUUGGCUGCUGGGAACGCGCCUUUCAUCCAGCAGAUGGCCAUGGUCGAGAAAAGCCUGAUUUUGUCUAAUUUUCCAGCAUCCAUAGCCCAUGCACAUCGGGCUGUUCAGCAAACAGCUCCAAAGCAUCGUAUUCUACAAUUUCACCGUCAUGCCCAACUAGGGAAUGCGCUUCCCCCAUUUAACGACUUGCAGUCUGCUCAUGAGGUUCUGAUAUCUCUCAUAUAUUAUCACAUUCAAAAGCGGCAUUUGGGGAUACAGGCGAUCCUAUAA